AUGACAUUCUGUGUGGUGAAAUUCGACCACGACACGUUUGGCCGCCUGCACCUUUCAGAUCACAAAGGUUACCUUGGAACAGCUCCGGGUAGCUCUGCAAGAAGCCAGUCAAUUAAACGCAUAGACGACAUCGCCCAGGGGACGUCAGAGCGCUUACAGGCCUCGAGAGACGUCGCAGCUUCUGAAAAAGACAUUGCUGUUUUCACAAGUUCUGAAGAUGGAACCGCGUCAGACAAUAAUGUUGUCAUGAUAAGCGGUGGACCAGGAGCAGCUAUCAUGUUAGGUCACUAUCAUGAAGCGCAUUACCAGAGUCUCGAUCUCCAGCGUGAUGGGCAACUGGAGUGUAUCCAAGAACAAGCAAAUUCAGCAGAAUCAACAUCAACUAAACUUGAUGUGUUUCAAGAUAUCUGCAAUGAUAACAGACAACUGGACGACAUAGUGGUGUCCAUAGGUCCCUAUAGAGUUUCAAAACUGGAUAUCCUGACGAUAGCACCAAGGCUUCCGAAAGAAACCGAAGACCAAAUGAGAGACAAAAUAGAGAAAGAGAUGAGAUGGACGGUUGGUUGGGUGAAUGAUCAGAUAAUAAAUGCCUUCCUGUAUGUGCUGUGUCAAGGACGCGAGUGUAAGGAAAGAAAUGUAGCUUUAUCUACUCAGGUUAUUGAGGGAUGGCGAAAUUUCAAGUCGGGAAGGAGUCACAGAGUGGCGCUUCUACGAAAGGUGAUGAAUUGA